UUUGUUCGCGCUGACAGUAAAGCGAAACAAGUUUCAUCCCUGAUGAUCAGCAAUUUCAAAACAGUAAGCGAUUUUACAAGACAAAAGUCAUUUGUGGUCGAAUUUACUGUGAUAUUCCCCCUUUUACACAAGCAAGGUGAAUUAGUUCAGAAAUGACUUCAUACUUUGAUGAACAUGACUGUGAACCAACAAAUCCCGAAGAACAGUACCGACAGAAUGCCCUGCUGGAACUUGCAAGGUCUCUAAUGCAGGGCCUUGACAUAGACUCGGGUUCAUUUGAUUUGUCGGACUGGGACCAGCGACUCCCCCCUCCUGCAGCAAAGACUGUGGUUCAGAGUCUUCCUGUGGUCAUUAUCUCCCCUGAACAAGCAGAUAAAGGACUGAAGUGUCCGGUGUGUUUAUUGGAGUUUGAGGAGCAAGAGACAGUAAGAGAGAUGCCAUGUAAGCAUAUGUUUCACACGGGGUGUAUCCUGCCAUGGCUUAGUAAGACCAAUUCUUGUCCAUUGUGUCGACUUGAAUUACCCACUGACAAUCCAGACUAUGAGGAGUUUAAAAAAGAUAAGGAACGGAGAAGACAAAGAGAACACAGGCUAGAAGAUCUACAUGGAGCCAUGUAUACAUGACCUCUGAGGACUGAAUAUGAAUGACACUCAGUUUGUUAAAAGUGAGUUAAUUGCGCAGGGACCACACUUUGAAAUCAUUGAGUUUGCUCGUACUUGAAGAAACAGCAAUGUUUUAAAUGUUUUUGUAUUGCUAUGCACCGAGACUGUUUGUAUGAAAUAUGUCACUAGCAACAUAGCUUCAAUUUUAUUAAAUGUUUUAUUGAUCAUA